CGAUUUCGUUUGACGACAGUUUAUGGGACAGUUUAUGGUUGCUAAAGGAAUCUGAAUUCACCGGUAAAGGUACAGCCAAUUGACUUUACGGCUUUAAAAAGACCCGAUCUGGCCUUUUUGAGUCUUGUAACCGUAAAGAGACUUCGUUUGCGCAGAACUGACUUACGUAAGAACUUGAAACGAAUGACAAAGAAGUAGGCUUCCUCUGUCGCCAUGGCGAAGAGGUGCAAUCCAGACUGUAAAAUGAAAACGAUACUCUCAUAACAAGUUUAGAGUCAUUUGAUGGCUCAGAAAGGGCGAUGAUUCCUGGUCCCAGGGACUUUUUGUUGGAGGCGUGGAUCUAACCGAACAGUGCAGAUGGAGUUUGCUUUUAACAUCAAUGACUUGUUACCCGAUCUAAUUACAGUCGUUGACGACAAGUUAGCCCCAUUUCGGUCGCGAAUUAAAAAUGACAGGUUAGUGUCUAUCGACUAAUUUUAUGUUGAGAUGAUAAUUCUACAUUUUUAACAUAACAUAGCUAUAUAUUAAUUUGAUUUAAAUUAUAUUGCGAGUAAUCGUAAAUUUAUACUCGAGACAUCAUGUUCAGGUUCAUCUAUCAACCAUUGUGAUGUUGUCUGAAAGAAAGCAAGCAAAAAAAGAGAUUUGGAUUAAGCACGAAAUCAAACCAAACCAUGAAGCUGUAAAUGUUUACAACCUAACUUGUUUUAAUAUCGCACCUAAGUAGCAUAAACUGUUGGUAUUUAACUUAAAUAUAGAGCCUAAUUGUGUGGCAAAAUUUAAAUCCCGGAACAAAUAGAGACUUGCAAAAUGUACCGGUUAAUUUUUUGCAAAUUUAAGUGAAUGCAGAAACUAGAAAACAAUUGGUUUACAUGGAGAAAGAUUUUCCAGAUAUUUGUUUGUGUUCCAUUAAAAGGUAUGAAUUUGCAAACAAGCAAUCUCAGCUGAAGAUAGUUAUUGAUCACAUGGGGGAAGCUUCUACAAGGGUGAGAUUUAUUUAUCACUGUCAUCUUGAAAUCAGUUUGGGUAAUUGAUACUAUUCUUUUUGCUGACAAUACUUGUCACAAUUAAGAUCAAGCACUGUAUAGGAAAUUCAUGAAGCAUAUUAGUUUUUAGUUCUAUAAUUCAUUUUCAAUAUAUUAUGUAAAUGUAAUACUGCAUUUGCAGGGCUUCUGAUUUUGUGCUAUGAACUGACUGCAAAGAAUGUACAGUGUGUCAUUGACAAGGAAUCCCAUGAUUCAUGGAAAUUUGAGAAUUUGGCACAAUCUCAUAAAAAGAUCCCAAUGUAUUAUUACUUACAUGUAGCUUAGGAAACAUUGUACAUAGUUAUAAUCAAUUUUAGAAGACUACCCUGGGGUUGUCUCAAACUACAUGUACCAAUUAGAUUAAUAAGUGUCAAAGAAAUCAAAAGAUUUUCAGUGAAUUGAUUUAGGAAACUGGGAAUGGUAUAACUGACAGACUUCUGAGAUUUUUGAAUCAGUUAAUUAAUUAAUUCAUAGGAAUUAAUUUGUGUUAGGAUUAAGUUAAAUUAAAAGUGUUGUUCAAAGCUUAGUCUAUUGAAAUAUAUUUAGCUUUUUUUUAAUUUGUAACUUAGCCAACUUCUCUCUUCCACCAAGGCCCAAGGUUUGAGAGCACCAAUUACAAGUGCAUUAAAACUGCAACAUUCAGAUCACAGGCUUUAUGUUAUGAAGGAUUCAGCUGCAAACAAGUAUGUUUUCGCUGUUAUCAUAAACUAUGUAUUUACCAUGGGUUAACGCAUUAGAGCUGGAAUUAUUAAGCAAGAGGCUUUGGAAGUUAAAUUGGCUUAUUAAGUGAGUCACUGGAAAAUGAAAAUGAAAGCUGUAUGCAAGUCAGAAUUUGAGGUUGUCUGUGAUUUUUAACCAAUUAGAAGCUCUUGACAUCAUAUAUUCUGUAUUUUUACUUGAAAAGUCUCAAUGGAGAUAUCAGGGUUUGCAGUCGACUUUUUUAUUCCUGUACUGUAAACAAUUUCCAAAAACUGUUUAGAAAAUAGAUGGAUUUCCUUUUUCUUUGUAACCUAGUGGCCUAGGAGCAGUUGUGGGGAUUCUUAAAGUUGGUCAUAAAAAGUUGUUUUUAAUGGUAAGGAAAGUUUGAUGUGUUUUCUUAGAAAAACUACAGUAAGAGAAAAAAAAAAGGGGUUUUUUUUUUCAUUUUGUUUGCUUAUUUGUUUUAUUCUUUGUGUGUGGAGGUGAAAGCUUUUGUAGAGAAGAGAAUUUAUUUUUGACUCAAGUUAUGUAUGACUAAAUACAAUUGCACCUCAUUAGGAUAUGCAAAGUUUGCAGUAUGAAGUCAAUCCCUUGUGUGUAUUGGAUUUCUAUGUCCAUGAAUCUCGUCAGAGAACUGGUUGUGGCAAAAGGCUAUUUGAACACAUGUUGAAGGUACAGUAUCUGGAGAAAAUUAAAAGUGGCUUUACCUUGGUAAAAGUAAAAACUAGGUCUGAGUUACUAAUUAAAUGCUGCAGCACUGCAGAUGGUGCAAAUUUUCAAACUUUUAGCUUUUGUAUUCUUACAUUGGUGUCGCUGGUUUCAGAUUUGUAAGGUUUUUUUUCACUUCUUGUCAGACACCAAAAUUCUUGCAGCAACAAGAUUGCAUACAUUACCACUCACCAGGCUGAUUUUGUUAAAGAGAAAGAGAUUUAUUUUAAGAGAAAAAGUAUGCCCCGAAAAAGACAUUCUCUGUUUUCUGAAUCAAAGUGUGGGAAAUUGAACUCAUGUUAUUCUUUUUUCAUCAGAUGGAAGGUAGAAUGGUUUAUCAGCUAGCUAUUGACAGACCAUCUCACAAGUUUGUCUCUUUUCUGAAGAAAUAUCAUGGCUUUAAAAAUGCAGUUCCUCAGGUUGGUUUCGAUUUUCUGUAAUGUAUGGUCAUAAGUUUCAUAAAGAGUUCAGGUAUAAAUUUUUUCAGUGGUACUGUGAAUGAGAGAUGGAGAAUUUUCCAUCUUGCAGAAUUCCCAUCUCUGUGAAUUCAUGGUAUGGCUUAUAAUAAGCUGCAAACUCUGCACAUACAUGUAGUAACAAGCAAACUAAACUAAAUGCUCGAGGGAUAUGCAGGGAAAUUUUACAGUACAGUGCUUCACAUAAAGCCAGUCUCUUGCAUUUGGACAGCAAAUUGAAACCAUUUCCUAUUGGUUACAAUGUAAAUAUUCUGGAUUCUUGAUCUAAAGGUCCUGGGUCUUAAAGUUCUGGCCUAGGUCUACUCUCGUGGUGCCUCUGACCACUUACAUGUAGUCUCCUUCAAAGCUGUUCUUUGGUCUCUUAACGCAACGUCAUUUGUCUAGAGCGUUGCGUGAUAUCCUCGGUUGUACAGGGGACUUUGACCAUUCUUCACUUGGGAAUGUAAAUGGUACCGAAAAAUUAUCAGAGAUGAGGAUGAAUAAAUAGUUAGCCCUCGUUUUUCCUUUAGGAUUAGAAAGAAAUGGUAAAACGCUUGGCUUGUCUUAACGCAAAGUCUCGCAAAGCCAAUUCUCCCCUAUCUCCGUCCCCCUUACCUUAACACUUAAAGCGUGCUCUGCUAAGAUGAGUUACUAUUUUGUCGUUGUUUUCAGGCAAACAACUUUGUGAUUCAUGAGCAUUUCUUCUCGGAUCUGCAGGGUAAGACUAUUUUUACGAUCCCAGACGGUCCAGACCGUAGGUGAAAAUAACUAGUCUGAAAACUUUGAACAUCGGUGUGUUUAUUCACUCGCCUGGUCGUUCUUUUCCCCUUCAUUCGUUCACUCUCGCGCUCAACCCUCUUUCCUUUUCGUAUCCAGGGCCUCAAAAGGCCAUGCAGUUUACUCAGUAGCUUGUCCAUGUCUUUAUGGCGGCCUUUACUAUUGUUUCGUUUAGCUGCCCCGUUUAAUUUUUCUUUUUAUUAUACAAUUUAUCUUCGUUUUAUCAUUUCUUUUUCGUAGCUGUUGGCCAUGUACCGCGUCGAAGUUAUCGCUUUGCUAAUGCCAGUCUAUCAGGGAAGCCCCCAAUACAUACAUACAGAAAGACAAGUAAGAUCAAUCAGUUAAUAUGAAGGCAACUGGACUAAAUUAACAAUUUAUAUCUGAAUUUCUUUUAAACCUUGAACUCCCAAGAUCUGAUUGUCGAUCCUCCCCUUUAGCUGCUCUACAUUUCCUCUUAGAUUAGUUAUAAGAAUUUGAUGUCAAAUCAAGAUAACUUCUACCUGAUAAGUUUGAGUAUUCUCAUUACCUGUUUGUGGGAUAAUGUAGGAAUAUCUUAGGGAGAAGGUACAUGUUAAUCACUUCUGGGAGUUAAAGGGUUAAAUUAUGAAUACAAACCACAACUCACUUUCCUUUGCCAACCCAUCGUCAAUCUUCGUGCCUAAAUUAGCCAGUGACAUGGGUUGAUCUAAAUUUAAGGGGUGCGGGGUAGGGUGGGUGCAUCUUUCCUCUCACUAAAUGAUUUUGAUCUUGGCAAUACUUAUGGGUGAUGAGUCUAAGCAGUUUGUGGAAUUCAUCAAAAAAAUGAGUGCGGUUGGAUUACAAAAGUUCAAGCUCAUCCCACAAUUUAGUGAUUUUCGUGGAGCACUGUGCAGUAAACAUUGCACUGAUCUCGCUAUCUCUAAAUUUGUCUCGCGUCUGUAGGUCAUACUCGUGACACUCCACCUCUGCUGCUGCGUCGUCAGUCUUCUUCCAGCCGUCAGUCCAGUCGACCUAAUAGCGGCAGAGAGUUCUCACACGACACUGCACACAGCGGCGAAUCCGAGCCGUCAGCCUUGCAGCGAAUAAACAAUUCACUACAAGACAUCAACCUUCCUCCAGUAGUGCCAAGGCCUUCAUCACGAAACUCGGCACCAGGCUCACGGGGUUCCUCUGCAGGGCGGAGGUCUGUGACGAGACAGAUGGAGUUAGGGUAGGAAAGGGUUAUGCCCCUAAUUAACCAGUGAUGUUGUUAUUUGUUCAUAUAUUUUUUUCUGUCACGGUGUACUCGUAGUACGGCGGAUUCCAUAGCCUUGUUGUACCCUUGAGUCUAAUACGUUGUAGCUGCAAACAUGUGCUAUUCUCGGAUAUCAGUUUUACGUGUGAUAUUUCGUCAUACGAGGAAAGUGUUUCGAUCCUUUUCCUCGCUGGCUUUCAUGAAGCUACUAACGCGACGUGAUACAAAUACAGCACCAGAAUACGCUUCAACUUUUCCAAGGUUAUCCGAUAUUGUUGUAAAAUACAGGAUGUAAAUAUAAUGAAUUUCGCUGUGUAAACACCUUGUAAAGGGUAUUGCCUCGGCGUUAUAGCAUUCUGGAGGAGUAGGGGUGAGGACUUGUGAAAUAUUUAUCCUGGAGUUUAUAAUGAGAUCCCAUGUUCAAUGUGGGUAUUUCGUACGAUCAGUGAAGAAAAUCUCGGCCGAAUGAGACUUGAACGUAACAUUUUGCAUGUCAUCAGCUUCAUUGAUGGUAAUGAUUCAUCUUCGUUCUUUUGCUUUUUGAGUACAGGAGUCAAUUAUUAACUGAAGGUUAAUAAUUUCCUUACCCUUUACUUUUCGUGUAACAUCAGAACACCAGAAGCAACCAGUCACGUUAGCUCUGGGACCUACAACGCGUCACGUGGUUUGGCAGCUCGCGCCACUUCGUACAGCCGCCACUCAAACCGAGGGAAUUCAGCGGACUUUUCAAAGACGAAAAAAGACGUCGUAGUUACGGGCACAAAAGUUAGUGACAAUUUUUAUAGGAACAAUAGCGGAGGAAGAGCACGAUCUCUGCAUCUUACCUCAGUCGAAAAUCCUUUCCUGGGAAACGGAGUUAUGGAAAAAAGUUCUCUACAGAGGAAACAAGAAAGAACAGGAACGCAAGAACAGUUAAGUUAUUUCGAAAUAUUUCUUAGUAGGGUGUAUGGGAUGGUCAAAGAUUGAAGCACUCUGUUGCCUUGAUCACCAUUUGCUCUGGGGUUUUAGUGUAAUAUGUCAUAAACUGACGGUAAUCGUUGGUAAACAAUGCAACAAGUCCAAAGAAGGAAGUAAAUACUUCUUCAAUAAUCCUUCUGCGCAUUUUUGUUUGUUUGUUUGUAUCUUUUUAUUUCGUUUUUGUUUUUUCUUUUCUUUUCUUUUUUUUGUCUUUUGUUAUUGUUUUUUGUCUGUUUUGUUUUUGUUUUAUAAGUUUGGUUUCCAAUAGAGAUGUUCUUCUUUUUCGGUUUUUUUGACCAUCACAAAAUUUUGGAUUUAAGGCUCCCAUCUCCAGAAAUUUGUCGUAACCUUCACUUUUUUGCUCACGAUGGGCAACGAAAUAGCACAAUUUUUGUUCCAUUUUGUUUCUCGGAAAUUUUUCCAGGGCUUUUGCUGCGUAAAUGUUAACAGUCUGCACCGUACUCUAACUCUUUUAGAAUGGCCUCCACAAUGGUUCCGCCCGAAGAAGGCGCACAGGAUCAGAACUUCAAUAUCACUGACAAAAAAGAGACAUCAGAGACUUCACAACAAAGUGGAAUAACACCAUCGGGAAGUUUUACCGUCGGCACAAUGUUUAAAGCCCAUUUUGGUAACAGACAACCUUUCAUCGGUAGCUCCUGGAAUAUUUUUGGAGUUCCUACCUUUAUGAAUAAAGACUCUAAUUCAGCUCACUACGCGUACACGAGACGAACACAAAGUAGACAUCACCCGUUUUGAGGAGUUCAUUUACAUAAUGCACUCCUGCUAAUAUCGGGCUGGUUCCGUCGCCAUGGGGAACUAAUUUUCUUCGGUUGUAAACGAGCAACGCUUUUAUUAAUGUUCAUCAUUUGGUUUCCGAGUAAACCUUCGCUAUCCUGGUAUUACAUUUGUUUAUUCCUAUCUCUUCAAUGGUUGUCUAAAUCAGCAAACGGUUAUGUCAAAGGUAAUUACAGCAAUUUUCAAUUGAGUGUCGAAUGUAAUCCGAGAUAGCAUUGGUUUCGCUUUAUUCCGCUCUGUGAUUGGUCAAGAAAACUCACGCCAAUCCUCUUAACCAAUCAGAUUCGAAACUUGAACUUAUCUUGACUCGGCCAUUUGCCUUUUCCCGCGUUUCAGGCAGUGUACUUGACUUUUCAUCGGCUCCUUCUGUGUUCUCGUUUCGUCGUAUUUCUGUUGACAUUACUGUAAUUUUGGUUUGAUGACACUCACUCAAAAUUGGCUUAAAUUUGAUCAAUUUAUGAUCGAUUUUUCAAGACGUGACUUUAAACAUGAUUUCUUCAUGUUAACAGCGGCAAAGGUCGAGUGAGGGCCUUUAACUCGACACCUUUACGUAGACACCCCUCUCCCCUUUUCCUCUUCCCCUGGUUAAGGGAAGGAAGUGUUAGAAUCUAACUCCGCACCGCAGCCAACCCGGAUAACGAGGCAUGGCAAAUUGAAUCUGUAUCUUAACAUAAAUUAUUAUCACGUACGUUUAACUUCGCUCCCUUUCAAGAGAACCGUCGAAGAGGUGACCAGAACGCGCAAAGUUAAUAUCAUUGUAUGAUUUUAUCUUGAUUGAACGCAUUGAUAGUGUGUAGGAUAGUUCAGUGUGCGAGUUUGUCAUGCUACCUACAUUACUUCUAUAAAUAAUUAUUUUUACUUAAAUUUUAUACGCAAAAGAAAUGCAUGUACUUAUUUCUGUCCGUGUCUAUUAUGUAAACCCUUUAACUCCCAAGAACUGAUAGUCAAUUCUCCCCUCCAGCGACUACAUAUGUCCUUUUAAAAUUAGUGACAAGAACAUGAUGUUAGAUCAAGACAACGACUUCUACUUGAUAUGUUUGAGUAUUUUCAUUACCUGUUUGCUGAAUAAUGUAUGGAUAUAGCAAGGAGAAGAUAGACGUUUAUCACUUCUGGGAGUUAAAGGGUUAAAUGUGUGAAAAUAAAAGAAAUAGA